AUUCAAACUAACCUUCAACAGGUUGACGUUAAUAAAUAUGUAUUCGAAAUCCCUGACGCCGGAACCGUAAAUCACAUCGUAGUAUUUUUACUUGGUACAGUUCCUUUUGAGCCUGGUUACGCAGCCACUGUACAUUUUUUAUGGCCAGGAGGCGAACAUGGCUGGAAAUUGUUGGGCAUGCUCUCCAACGAGAAACCAAGCGCGAUUUUCCGUCUUCGUGGGUCAGUCAUUCCUGGAACGACGAAUGCAUUUACAUCAUCGAAUGCAUUCACUUUUGGUUCAACAAAAUUGAUCACAAAUUAUAAUGCAGACGAAAUGUCUAUGGACGUUAAUGAUUUAUCAUCGGCCACUACUUCUGUAACAGCAACAUUAGGCAUUUCUAUCGAACCAGUCGCCAUGGUGGAAUCACAAAUUGCAACGCUCCCUCAGACAUCUAACCAACCACAAACCAGUAGUGGUUUUGGUGGUAUAAGUAUAACCCCAGAGCUUAUUAGUCAAAUAACGCAGAACACACUUCGGAACCUCUAUAAUUAUGCUACAUCAUUCGCUACAUCUUCUACCCCUUUUGGUUCGCAAAUAAUUGGGACUGGCAAUACGUUUAUAUCAGCGAAAGUGUUCCAGGAUUGGUAUGAAACUUUCACACGCAAAGUUAAGAUUGACCCAAAUGUGGUGUUGAAAGACGAUAAUAAUA